AUGUCUUUUAUUCUGACAUAUCGAAACCCCAAAGCCAAGUUGGCAAGGGCACGCCAUCCCAGCAACGACACAAACAACCAUGAAGAGCAACUUUCCAAAUUUCGGUCACAGCAGGUACCACUCCUGAACUACGAGGACAUCCCGGAAUGGCACAGAGACAACCACUUUCUGCAAUCUGGUUAUCGCCCUGUGUCAAACUCCUGCCUUAGUUGCGCGCAGUCGCUAGGCUAUUUACACAAUGAGUCUCUCAACAUCUACACUCACCUGAUCCCGGCCAUCUGUCUCAUAUUUGGCCAUGCCAUUGUGCAUCAGGGCAUCAACUCUUUCUAUCCCGAGGCGUCAAUGUUGGACCACAUUGUAUUCCACUGUAACGUGGGCGCUGCCAUCGUCACCAUGGCCCUUUCGUCCGCUUACCAUACUCUGAUGAACCACUCCAUGCAUGUUUCCCACCUGAUGUUGAGAGUGGACUAUGUUGGUAUCCUCAUCCUCAUCGUGGGCAGCUUUUUCUCCGGGAUAUAUGUUGCAUUCUACUGUGAACCCACGAUCCGUUGGUCAUACUGGGCGAUGAUACUCAGUCUUAGCAUUGCCACAUCUGCGCUGGUCCUGCACCCGAAACUGCAGGGAUUGAGUUAUCGGCACCAUCGCACAUGGGCGUUUAUUCUCACAUCCCUCUCGGGACUUGCACCCAUAGUCCAUGGAUUGCUAUUAUAUGGCUGGAAGGAGAUGUGGAUAAGGUCAGGAAUGCCUUAUUUCUUUCUGGAAGGCCUGGUGUACGGGAUCGGUGCCUUCUUCUUCGUCACUCGUAUACCAGAGUCGAUAUGGCCGGGAUCCUUCGACAUUUGGUUCUCCUCGCACCAAUUGUUCCAUAUCUUUGUGGUUUUGGCAAGCCUUGUGCACUUAUACGGGGUCUGGGCGGCAUUUGACUGGAACUACGAGAAUCAGAGAGUCUGUCCGAUAAAUCACUAA